AUGAAGAUGGAAGAAGUAACCAUUAAGCUUGGUGUCAAGUCAAAAGAUGACGGGGAUCAUCCUACUUAUAAUGGAGAUGAGUCUACCAAAGGUCAAAAUAUUAUUAUUAAAGUCACAGUAACUGAAGAACCCAGAGGAUCUGACUUCUACAAGUAUACUCAUGAGGAUAAUGGUGGUGAAAAGCAACUCUUCGAACUAAAGGAAGUAUUAGAUGGUAAUAGUAAAAAAAUAGAAGGAAUUCCUCCUGAUGGACCCGAUAAAAAGGUAACUUCAGUUUCUGCUUAUUAUUGGAGACAUGAUAAAGGUGGCCCUGGCCAGACACCUAAUAAGGUUCUCCUAGUUGAAGUGUCAUAUAGUGGAUCGGGCGGAACCAAGUAUUAUGUCAGGGGUACAGGUAUUGAUUGGGUUGAAACAUUCCUCGGUGACGAUCUCGAGAAAACCCUGGAUGAACAAAACUGUUACAGCAACGACGCUGUAACCUUAGAUCUUACCAAAGACGCAUACGGAACAGAAGGUAGGUCUCCUUGUUGUGAUGGUCAUAAAAGCCAUAGUAAGGUCUCUGUUACUCCUGUACCAGUUAAUCAUACACAUCACGACCACCCACAUGUGGGCUCAAACAAUCUUACAGUCAAAAAAUACUCAAUUUUGGGUACAACACUGGCAGCUAUCAAGCUUGCCGAUACUGGAGAGAAAAAGAAAAAGAAGCGUAUAACAUUUUCAGGACAACCAUUUCCUAUGGAUAGCGUAGAAAGCAUCUAUGCAUUAUACUCCGGUGACAAUCGGGAACCUAAGCUUAUAUAUGUCAACAGUAUUGGAGACCAAACUAACGUUAGAGGAUGGUACCAAAAUAAUGGUAGCGAUGGAGAAUGGACAAAAGCUACUGAUCUCCAAGGUGUAACGCCUGAAACAAUUAAUGACUGUCCAAACUGGAAUAAUGUUGUUGGUAAACUCAAGCACAGUAACAGAGACUUGCAAGAAUGUAAAGAACUUUCAGAGUCUGACAAACAAAAAGAACAACAAUCACAACGUUCUGAAGGUUCUGAUGAAGAACUAAGACAAGUAUCUGAGGAAAAGAGAAAGAAAGAAGAGCAAGAACAAUCUGAAUCUGUUACUCCUAGAGGACCUCCACUAGGUGCUCCUGGUCCUGCAGGACCUGCUGGAGCUGGUGCUAGUGGUACUGCUGAAGGUACUAGUGAUGUUGAUGGUACUGAUGGUGAUAGAGGACCUACUGGUAAAGCUGGUGAUAGAGAACCAGGCUCUGAUACUACCCAUAGCAUGAUACUUGUGGUAAUCAAUGGAUUUAGCAAUUCCAACUCAAAAAUGCUGAGCUUCUCGAGGAAAAACUAG